CGGGCGGGGCCACGCGCGGCGCGUGACGUCACGACGGGGCUCCCCCCCCCCCGCACCCGCCCCGUAGCGGCGCGCGGGCUGGUGACGUCAGAGCGCGGCGACACCAUGCUCAAGAUAAUUCGACUGGGGGCCACCCCUGUAAGCCUGAGCUUGCUCUCUAUCCAAGUUUAUGCUUCCUCUUCAGAGAAAGAAACUGCCAAAAAAGAGUUGCUGAAAAUUGAUGAGCUGUCACUCUACUCCUCUCCAGCUCGUGAGACUAAAUAUGUGGAGAAUCCACAAACCCAAUUGGAAGAGGGGGUUUCACAUUUACGGCAUGCUAUGGAGCCAUACACAGCCUGGUGUCAGGAUCUUUAUGCCAAAGCUAAGCCCCAAUUAGAAAAAGCUGUUGAGCGUGGUAGAGAGGGCUGUGAAUUUCUGCAAAAUCCCCCUGAUGGAUUUUAUCCAAGGCUUGGUGUGAUAGGUUUUGCUGGAAUUCUUGGAUUGUUUCUUGCCAGAGGCUCAAAAAUAAAGAAGUUGGUAUAUCCUGCAGGCUUCAUGGGUAUUGGUGCUUCCAUGUAUUAUCCUCAGCAAGCGGUUGCCAUUGCAAAGGUUGCUGGUACACAGCUGUAUGACUGGAGUCUUCAGGGAUAUAUUGCCGUAGAAUCUCUUUGGAAGGAUAAUCCUAAGGAGAAGAAAUCUGGGAAAAAAAAUGAUAAGGGUGAUGCAGAGGGUGACAUCCAUGCUGCUUCAAAUGAAGAGCGAGCGCUGAAGUAGAACACCAAAUCACUUGCCAUCAAACAGGUGAAUAAAAUACAGGUGAAAGCAACAAUUUCCCAAGAAAACCAUCUGAAUCCGUUUUGAUUUUGAAUGUGGCUAAUCUGCCUUCCCUCUCAGGAAAGACUGAGAGUGUGCUGCUUGGGCUUCUGGAAUGGAAUCUGUGAAAGGACAUUACACUUGGGUCAGUCUCGAUACCCAAAUCCUCACUUCUGCGGUGGGACUCAAGUUUGCCAUGCUUGUCCCAUUGCAGGAACGGCAUUGCAAGUAGCAAGUCUCAAAAUUCUUCAGUCUUGUUAUUAUUUAUAUGUAAAAUAAAAAUCCAGUUGCAUAAAACGGUCAUGAUUUCUUUUCCUCUUCCCAUCUUCUUUAAACUCGUGUGUGACCUUUUAUACAAUGUAUGAAAGGUUCUUGAGAUGUUGUUGACAAUGCCUGUAUUUUUAACAGUGAGGAAAAGCUUAAAGUAGCAUGAUGUUUUGGUUAAUGUUAGCUAAUAGUUACGAAUGAGAACAAUUACAAUGAAUCUUGUCUUUUGUCUGAGUCUCCCCUUCCCUCCUAUGCAAAUCUUCUGCCUCAUCAGUGCCAGUGGAGGUAUAUAAUGAAGCAUCUGUGAGCUCCUGUCUAGUAGAUGGAUGGGAAUGGAGCUGUUAACGUUUGUUCUUGUUUUUGCUUGAAUGCACAGCUCGAUGGGAAUCAGAACGUGGCAGUGGUGGGAACUAACUAUAGAAUAACUUGGCUGUUUCCUCAGUCCUGGUUAGGGGAGGGGAGAAAAAGCGAGAUGAAGGGAAAUAUAAAAGGAUUUCCAGCAUUUUGAAAUCUUUUCACAAUAAAGCCCUUUCAUCAUU